AAACUUAGCAAAACCUUCCAUAAAAUGUCUUUCAACCUACAGGUUUUUAUCCUCUAUUCUUUUCCCUUACUCGUUGCCUUAUUUAUUUUGAAAUCGUAUUUCUAUUCCUUAAAACCCCACAAAAACCUACCACCAUCUCCACCAAAGUUACCGCUAAUAGGAAACCUUCACCAAUUACGCUCGGGUGCGCACCGUAUCCUUCAGUCCAUGGCUCAGACCUAUGGUCCACUCAUGUUGCUUCACUUUAGUACUGUGCCGGUAAUUGUAGCCUCUUCUGUUGAUGCAGCUAGAGAGAUCAUGAAAACCCAUGAUAUCAUAUUUUCAAACAGACCAUUUUUAAACAUCCCUGAUAGAAUUACUUAUGGCUCGAAAGAUAUAGCUUUUGCCCAAUAUGGGGAGUAUUGGAGAGAGGUGAAAAGCAUUUCCGUACUUCAUCUUUUAAGCAACAAAAGAGUUCAGUCAUAUCAACAAGUAAGAGAGGAUGAGGUGGCUCAUAUGAUCAGAAAGAUUCAAGGAGUCAAUGAAGCGGUAGUUAAUUUGAGUGAGUUCCUUGUUUUACUUACAAAUAAUGUGAUUUGCAGGGUGGCUUUGGGGAGGACAUAUAAGGUUAAGAACAUGCUAGACAAGAUUAAGAAGUUGUCAGGACGUUCUAUUGGGAGUUUUAUUCCAUCACUAGUGUGGGUGGAUAGAUUUAGAGGAUUGCAUCGAGAAGCUGAUGAACUUGCUAAAGAAAUUGAUGAGUUUUAUGAGGACGUCAUCGAGGAACAUGUAAACAAGAAAGAGUUUGGUGUAGAAGGCCAAGAUCUUAUUGACAUUUUAUUAGAAAUUCAAAAGGAUAACUCUACAGGAUUUCGCCUUGAAAGAUAUAUGAUUAAGGCUAUUAUGGUGGACAUACUUGGGGCUGGCACUGAUACCACAUCCACCACCUUAGAGUGGGCAAUUUGCGAGCUAUUACGAAACCCAAGUGCAAUGAAAGAAUUGCAACAAGAGGCGCGUAAAAUAGGACAAGGAAGAUCAAUGAUCCCGGAAGAUGACAUAGACAAAAUGCCCUACCUAAAAGCCGUCCUUAAAGAAGCUUUACGACUACAUGCUCCUAUUCCACUACUCGUUCCCCGUGAAUCAACAAAAGAUGCCAAAGUGCUCGGCUAUGACAUCCCGUCAGGUACACAAGUGUUGAUUAAUGCAUGGGCGAUAGCAAGAGAUCCUUCGAUAUGGGAAGAACCUGAAGAGUUUAAGCCAGAGAGGUUCUUGAACAACUCUAUUGAUUAUAAAGGUUUUCAUUUCGAGUUGAUACCAUUUGGUGCUGGACGACGAGGGUGUCCUGGUGUUAGAUUUGCAAUGACUAUUAAUGAGCUUGCUUUGGCAAAUCUAGUGUACAAAUUUGAGUUUGCAUUGCCUGGUGAAGAGAGUUUGGACAUGACAGAGAGUGAUGGCGUCACCAUUCACAAGAAAUUUCCUAUACUCGUCAUACCAACUCCUUGUGAGUAAUUCGAUGUUGUAUGGGUUUGUUAAGAAGAAACCUGCUGUUGUUUUCUAUUGAUAUAUUAUGUAAUAAAUUGUUAUACUUUAUGAUUGAUAUAUAUAAA